AGACAUGCGUUUCGUUUUUCUGUCUUUUCCUGCAUUUUCUCGGAAGCUUGCUUUUCCGUCUUGGCGAGCUUUCGCUCUCUUGUCUGCACACAGUUCUCAAACGAAAUGACAAGCAGCGAAAAGCAUUGCCGCCGACACACACGGGUGCGCGCGAGACGCCGCCAGCUUGCUGUGAAUCCGAGCUGAAGGGUGCCGGUCCCUUGAACAUUUUCUGUUUCUUUCCAGUCCCGUUCUUGUCCUCAGGCCAUGUUCUUUCCCCUUGUCUGUCGGCAUCUCUGCAUGCGACCCUUCGUCUACUCCUCAGGCUCCGCCGCUUCCUUUCCAGCUUAGACUCCGGACUCGAACAUUGUUCUCCGUCCAGAGCUUUUCCGUUCUUCCUCCUGUUUCUCUCCUUUCCAUUUUUCUCCUUUUCCCGGCGCCGCGUCCUUCUCUCGGCACCAUGGAGGACCCUGAUUUCUUCUGCCCUGACGACGUCGACGCCCUCCUGCGCGAGGCGGAAACAUUUGAAGAAGCAUGCGACAACUUGCCUUUCCUCCACUCUUCCUCCUGCUCGUCUUCUGAUCGAGUUGACGCACGGGGACCGCUCUCGGAUGGAGAGGAUCCUUCUGCGUCGAUAGGGAGUCGCAAGCGGGGGGCGGACGAAUCUCGUGACAAGUCGCAGCAGGGAAGACAGAGUGUGCGACGCGGGGGCAGGGAUGUUGCCCGACGCUUUCAAGAAACGCACGUAGAAGUGAUUAACUGCGACGAAGAAGAAGACGACCAGGUUUCCCCUGCGUCGUCGCCUUGGCCUCCCUCCAAACGCUUCAAGAGCCUCGAGGAGACGGAGGCCGCGAACCUGGCGUCAUCUUCCUCGUCUCUGAAUGCGGACGACCCUGACGCGGAAGCCGUCCUGACCUCUGCCUACGGCCCUCUCGCCUUCGGAUUCGAUGACUGGGGACCAAUCCCGUCCGUCACUCACUGGUGCGCAUGCGAAGGCCAACAUGCUCGGCCGCGGAUCACAGCUCCCUCUCUCUCCUGCAGCGGCGAGUUCUUCGCGAGCCCCCACGACCUCCGCGAGCGCGUCUACCGUUCUUCUCUGGACGCCAAACAUUUUGCUCUCCCUCCCCUCUCGCUCGCCUCUCUCAUUCCUCCGGUUGGGCUUGCGGAGUUCUCUUCCCACUCUGCUUCUGCCUCCGGAGAGGAGGGGAAAGCAGGCCGAGAAGAACAUGGGCCUGCCUCCGUCGCGUCUUCGAAAGCCGUCGCCGCUGCGCGCAGUGCGCAUGCCCAUCAGAAGUCGAUUCGCGUCUUCCCCGUCGACGUCCGGGGAGGGGGAAUUCCUUUUUUCCUUCGCAUGCUUACCCCACAGGAGGAACAACAGAGACUGCACCCAACUGACAGGACCUGCGGCUCCUCUGCAGCCUACGACGACGAGACCGGGGGGCGUCGAGCCACCAGCGAAAAGAGAGGAAGGACCUUGCGCAGGCCAAUACAGGAGAUCCUCAGAGAAGCCAUGGAGGAAGAAGCUGCAGAGGCGGCAGAGAAGGCGGCCGAGGCGGCGGAAGAAGAAGAUGCAUGCGCUUCAGAAGUUCCUUCCUGGAGAGACAAGAGCAGCGAGGAAGGCCGAGGCGGCGCUAGGGAGGUCGUGCGACAGUGGACGGAGAAGUACAGAGCGAGAAAAGUUGUCGACCUCCUCAGCGCGCCAGCGGCGAACCGAAGCGUCCUCAUGUGGCUGCACAGGUGGCGUCAGCGCCUGCAGAAGCGGGGAAUGAAGAGAGACAAGGCUGGGAAGAAGGAGAGCGAGAACGAGGAGAGAGAGAAGCGACGCAAGCUGCUGCAGGCGACCAGAGAAAGCGAUGCUGGACGGGUGCUUCGAAACGAGGGCGCCGAAGACCCUGACGAGAACCUGCCGCGAAUUCUCCUUCUCGGCGGCCCCCCCGGAAUCGGCAAGACGACGCUGGCGCAUGUGUGUGCUCGGCACUUCGGCUUCGAUGUGGUGGAGGUGAACGGGAGCGACGACCGCUCGCGAGCUACGUUGCUGCCUCUCGUGAUGAACUGCGUGACUGGGGCAGACAGUUUUUUCCAUAGCAAGAAGCAAGAGAAGGCGUUGCGUGCGGCCGCUACACACCACGGCGAACGACGCCUUGCGGAGACGGAGAAGGAGGCGGAGAAACGCAAGUGCGAGAGAAGCAAAAAGCCGAUUUUACUCGUGAUCGACGAAAUAGAUGGUGCUGCGGCAGCCGGCGGCGAAGGCGCAGACUCGGUUGUCGACGUGAUUGCUCGUCUUGUCAAGAGAAAAGAUGACAAAGGAAAGCCUUUCAUCAAACGACCCGUGAUUUGCAUCUGCAACGACUUGUACGCUCGCGUUUUGCGGCCGCUUAGAGAAGUUGCACAGAUUUUGAAUUUGGCUGCGCCUCCUCGCAACGUGCUGGCCGAGAGACUCGCAGAAAUCCUCAAAGAAAACCGUCUGACUGCUAGCCGCCAGCUCCUCGAGCAACUCAUCGACAUCUUUGAUGGAGAUGUGCGAGCAUGCAUCAACGCUCUCGACUUCCUCUCCAGGAAGUCGCUCACUGCGGGAUUUCGGGAGCUGCGAGAAGAAGACCUGGAGCUUUGUGCAGUUGGCAAAGACCGGGAGAGGCACGUGCAGGAUUUCGUCCGUUUUGUUUUCACUCCUUCGCGAGCGCAUGCACCUCUAGCAACUGCCGCCGAUGGGUUCUCGUCGACUCCAAAGGCUCCCUCGUUCCUCGAAAUGUUCAACUCGCUCGCCCCAGCUGUCGACUCGCACCUGGCACCGUCUCUGCUUCAAGAGAGCUUCACGCAGGUGGUUCACAGCGAUUGGACGCUCGACAAAGUAGCAUACGGGACAGAGCUUCUCGCGUUCAGCGACUGUUGCUCGUGCCCCUCGCUGUUGGCCUCGCGCGUCUCCGUGGGCGGCGUCGCGCCAACGGGGACAGAGCCGGCGCUUUCCUCUCUGACUGCGGGGUCUCUGCUGCCCUUCUCGCUCUUCGCGUCGCACUUCUGUGUCUCUCCCUCCACUCAGUCUUUCUUCCACUCGUUUGGGGCUCCGGGGAAGAGCGGCGGAGCUGGACCUCUCGUCUCGCCGUCCCUCUGUCUGUACCGCUUCCACCGCACAAAGAAACAAGCGUGCAAGGCGUCGAUUGCCUCCCUCGCCUCCGCCCUCUCUCGCAAGCGCCGCGUGGCUUCUUCCAGUUCACUCCCUCUUUCCUCGGUGGGCGACAGCGAAGGCGAUAACAGUGGCGCCGACGCCUCGACCGCGGCGCUCGCGGCGGCAGCGUCCACAGACGUCCUCCGCCUCGCGUUCGUCAGAGACACCGUCAGCUCACUCGUCUGGCUAGCUGUGCCGACUCAGCGGCACCGAACGGACUUCACCCGCCUCCCGCCCUUCGCUACUCUCCCGUCGAUUGAGGCGAGAAGGGGAGCAGGCGGUGGCAGGCGACAGGAAGCCGGCGAGGCCCGAAGGGGGCCCUCAGAGAGACAGAGAGACGCCGAGGAAGACGGGGACAAAGACCGAGGCACAGCCGGAGUGUGGGGUGGCCCCGGGGAGGCUGAGAGCCAAAAGAAAAUCCUCGAAGCCGUCUUUGCAGAAGUGCAGCGACAGCACCCAACCACGUCCCUGCCGCGCAUCGCCCUCGGCUCCCUUCACCCUUCUGCUCUCGACUCUGCCGACAUGGAGGUCCGAUCGCGGCCUCCUGGCCACUGCAGUGGAGAGGAAAUUCCCCUGGGCGUUAGAGUUCUCUCGCGCAUGACUGCUCUCCUGACAGCCUACGGUCUCUCGUUCAUCGAAGUUCGCCACGAAAACGAAGUCUCCGAGUUCCCCCAUAAACGCAUCCAUUCUUCGUAUCGGCUGGAGCCGCCUCUGGAUCUCUUGCUGUCUUUGGACGACUGUCGCAUGCAGCUCACAAACUACAAGCAGGCGCAGCAGCGUCGACAGGGAGGGACUGCCCGGCCUUCUCAGUCUUCGUUGUCUUUCUUCUCGUCUGCCUCAGAGCCUGCUGCUUCGAUUUCGGUUUCAGGCCUCCCGCGAGCGCCGGCGCCCUUUGGCUCUCCUCUGUCUGCGUCGAACAAAAAUCAAGCGGACGACUUUGUGUCGGCGUUCCUCGUCCCUCGGCUCCACCCGCUUGCGUCGCUCUCCGAUCGUGCCUGCAGUUUCCUGAUGGUGGCGAAGCGUCUGCUGAAUGACGACGGUCUCUCACCUCUCUCGGGCGUGCUGGUAAAGGAGAACAAGGCCCGGUCCACGAAGAAGGGCAUGAACAAAGGCAAAUCUAAGCGACCCGACGAUCGACAGGAGACCUCUUUCUCCUUUCUGGCGAAGCGGCGACCGGACUCUCAGGCGACGCUGGCGGCUGCGAUCGUUUUGGUGCGUCAUGUCGGCUGGGUCGCCUUCAUGCGCGAAACGGGGCGAGGACGGAGGCAAGGUUUCGGUGCUGCGUUGUCUGGCGGGUCCACACUACCGGGCGAAAAGGAAGCGGCCGGAGGGUCGAGUGGACAAGGUCCCCACAAAUUGAACGGCGGCGCUUCUUCGCAUGCAUACGCGGAUGCGGAGUGCCGCAGAGGCGACGCGGCAGUGGCCCGCGCCGGGGCAGCGGCAGGAAACGACCUCAGCGUCCCCGGCACGGUCUGGGGGACGACUGAAAAUGCGGGUGUCUCUCCUCAGCUUCCUUUCUCGCAGCGAGGGAGGAAGCAUGGAGAGAACCACAGGGGGGGUCUGGAUGUCUGUGGGAAUGACCACGGUCAGGGAAAAGCAGAGGAGGCUGGACUUGCCAUCCAGCGCAUGAGCUUCAAGGACUUCCUCGCUGAACAGACGGCUGUGGCGCACACGAUUCGCAGAUUCGGCUGCGUCGUCCACCUACUCCCCGCCUCGCAGAAGGCGAGCAAAAACGAGAAGGAAAAAGGCGUCGGGAACAUCGGCACGCGUUCCCUGGUCAUGUGUCUCCUGCAGAGACAGCAGAAAUCGGUGAAAGGGAUGGAUCAGAAGGAGGAACAGAACGGAAGGGGAGACGGGGCCGCCGAGCCUAGAGAUCAGCGCGAGAAGGCCGACGGAAAAGCUGGACAGUGCACGGGAACUCAGGAAGCAAACGGCGACACGCAGGCGAAAGAAAAUCACCCGAAGAAAGACAAUGACAGCUUCUGUGUGAUCCGUAACGUAGCCGACAUGUAUCGCGCAAGCACAAAUGGAUAUUUCAAGUUCCUUGAGGGCCGCUGCAACGCUGUCGUCCAGGCAGUCUCUGACGACCUGUUUCUGUGA